AUAUAUUGUACAAUAUAUGCAUAUACAAUGUGUAUUGUGUCCAUGUAUUUAUCCACAGCGCGUGGUGAGGGUAUUAUUUCUCCUCUGUCGCGCAGCUAAUCUCGACUUCCCUCGGCUUCUUUCGGUUUUCCCGACACACCGACACGUAACAUUUCGUUGUGUGCGAGGCGUGCUGGGCUCGAGAGAAGGGGUAGAAGUGUUCUACGAUCUGGCUUCACUGGGGAACACAUGGAAAUAUGUAACAUGCUUGGAUGUAAGAACAUAACCUCCAAACUGUAAUUUAAAAUUAAUAAAUAAUAAGACUUAUUAUAAUAUGAGGUGAUACAAUGAAUAUAUUUUAAUUGUUAAUUAAUUAUUAUUAUUAUUGUAUUAAUUGUUAUUGUUAUUACUAUAUAAAAUGGAAUAUUUCACCGAAACAUCUAAUAAUGUCAAUAAGCCAAAAUUAACAAAACUUGGAAUUAGUCUUAUAGCAGUAACAGGAGGAUUGGCAACAGUUAUUAGCGUAGUAUGCAUACCUUUUGUAAGUCCAGCAUUCCGUAAGAUCUGUUUACCCUAUGUGCCAGCGACAAAUCAACAAGUACUAAACGUUUUACAAGCUUUAAAAGGACGUUCAGGUUCAUUGAUUGAUCUUGGUAGUGGAGAUGGACGCAUUGUUUUAGCAACAGCGAAAGCUGGUUUUAAAUCUUAUGGUAUAGAAUUAAAUCCAUGGCUCGUAUGGUAUUCUAGAUUAAUGGCUUUUAAAAAUGGUUUACGCUCCCAGACUUGUUUCUUCAGACAAGAUUUGUGGAAAUGUAAUUUACGAAACUACAAUAAUGUUAUUUUAUUUGGGGUAGAACAAAUGAUGGGAGAUAUCGAAGAAAAAUUUAAUACAGAGUUGCAAAAAGAUUCUGUGAUAAUAGCAUGUAGAUUUCCUCUUCCCAAUAUGAAUCCAAUUGCAACCAUUGGCGAAGGUGUUGAUACUGUUUGGUUAUAUAAGAAAAGAUAAAAAUUUCUCCUAUAAUUUCUGGAUUAAAUAGUUGCAAAAAGUACAAAAAAUAAAAUAUAAACUUGUAUAUUGGAGUAAUUCUCCCUAUUUAUUGCUAAAUCACAGUAAUAAAAUAUAAUAGUUAUAAUAAUAAUCAAAGUAUAAGAUAUGAAAAUAUCUUUAUUACAAUUUCAUAGAUUUCAUUUCAUUAAAUUAACCCUUUUCGGACGUAUUUCAUUUGGACAUGGGUGUCGUAAUGGUUGGAAUUAAUUUAUGUAUAUAUACGUAGGUUGGAAC